UUUUUAACAUCGAGAACAAGAAGGCGCAGUUCACGGAGAGAGUAGUAGUAGCUUCACUGCGCACCCUAAGCCGCUCUCCACCGAACCUAACUACUAAACUUCAUCAUGUUUUUCUUCCCCAAACCUCUUUCACUUCAACUCACACUCUUCUUCAAUUAGGGUUUUCAACUUCUCCACUCUCUCCCUCAAUUUUCAAUGCCUUCCAAUCCUCUCUCUAAAUUCUGCACCGUCAUAUACCGUUCCAUUAUUGAGAUACUUUUUUAUUUUAAUUCUUUCAUUCAGCAUAAAUCGUUCUCUAUCAUUUGACGGUACAACUUUUUUCGUCUUCCUGUUAUGGCGCCUUCCCGUAGAAAGGGCGCCAAGAAAUCAGCGGCCGCCGCUGACGUUUGCCAGCAAUGGAACGUCGGCGAUCUCGUUCUUGCUAAAGUCAAAGGAUUCCCUGCUUGGCCUGCAACUGUAAGUGAGCCAGAAAAAUGGGGUUUCUCAACUGAUCCGAAGAAAAUAUUUGUAAACUUCUUUGGAACCCAACAAAUUGCUUUCUGCAAUCAUACUGACAUUGAAGCAUUUACUGAAGAAAAGAAACAGUCUCUUGCCAAACGCCAAGGAAGGGGUGCUGAUUUUGUUCGUGCAGUAAAGGAGAUUAUUGAAUGUUAUGAAAAGUUAAAGAGAGAGACCCAAGUUGAUGAAACUAGCUCUGGUGGUGAAGUUGCUAAUGCAAAUUUGGCAUAUUCACUUGACCCAUGCGCCAACUCAGGUCAAGUGGAUACUCGGAAUUCACAAAUGAAAUCAUCAAAUUCUGUGACUGAGGACAACUCAUUUGUUGCGCCGAGGGAUGAAUCUCAUAUUAAAGAGGCUACUGGUGAUGCUGUUGCGACUGUAAAAUCACUUUUGCCAGUGAGUCAGGGAAAUGAACCAGUUAAAAGGUCCAGAAGCUCAUCACAGGUCCAAAACUUUGUAGUACCUAGUAGUGAUGGUAGAGAUAAUGGUGACAAUGAUGUCAAUAUAUCAGCUGAUGCAAUUCAGAAUAAAUCUAUUAAAAGGAUUAAUCAUAUCAGGAAAUCGCCUGACCGUUUUGGCUGUAAUGAUACUGAUUCAUCUGCAUUUGCCUCUAACGUUAGCAUGGAGGAAAAUGGUUCUGAAAUUAUUACAAUCAAUUCUGAUGCCUGUAGCUUAAAUGAGGGGAGUGCAAUAGAUUCAAAUUUAAAACUUGAACAAUCUGCGACCAUUGAGUGCUCUGCAUACAAAGUUGAGUUAAACAAAACCCUUGAUCAUGAAAAGAAGCCUGUAUUUGAUAAAAAGAAAAGAAAACCUAACAGGAUGAGGAAAACUAAUAAUCCUGGUGCUCAGAAUGACAAUCAAAGUUUGCAGAAUAUGUCUGAAAAUCUGAAAGAGAGAUGCUCUGACCAAGAUGGAGAUGAACACUUGCCCCUGUUGAAGCGAGCCAGAGUUAGAAUGGUUAACUCAUCAACCAUGGAGGAAGAAGACAAUAGAAUUGCACAGGUACAAGAGAAAAGUUGUAAGGAAGUUAUUAUAGACCCACCAUCGCAGAUAAUCACAUCCUCGAAUUGUGAAAAUGGUUGCCUUGCUGAUGGAGCCUCAUCAGCAUUGAAUGGAGCUUUGGUUAACGUUUCUCCUAAGUUAUUAGCCCCCUGUUCUGAAAAUGGGUCACAGGUUUCCAAAGUUAAGAAAGACCAAUUAUUUGGAUGCUGUAUGGAUGAUGAAUCUGUUUUACCGCCAUCUAAACGCAUCCAUCGCGCUUUAAAAGCAAUGUCUGCCAAUGUUGCCGAAGAAGGAGCUUGUAUCAAAUCAUCACCUUCUAUAAUACCAUCAAGUGGUAGAUGCGGUAUAUCUGCAAUCAAGAGAUGUUCUUGUAUGACCAUUGAUAACCAGGAAGGUAAUGGUUUAGAACUGAAAGCGUUGGCUUCUUGUGGCAUUGAUUGUUCUAAUUUCGGUGUGUGUAGUUUUUCAACCUGUUCAAAUCCAAUGAUUUCAACAGAGGAUAAGUCUUCUAUGGAAGAGGAUAAACAGUUGACUAAGUCACAGCAACAUGAUUCUGGCAAGGAUAGCAUCCUAGGUGCUAGACAUCAAAUUGGUGAAGAACUUAGUGAUUCUGUGGUUUGUGCGCCGGCUAAAAUAGACUCAGAAGGUCUUAUGCAUGAAAACGUUUUUCCUAAUGUUGAUGUGAAAUGUUGUAAAGUUGGAAGCAAUCAAGAUUCAUCAGGUCCAUUGUUACCGCCAAAGGCCGGUGAAAGUAUUAGACCUGUGAUCCCUUCAAAUGCAUCUGACACAUUAGAUGAUGGUGGAAUAAGUCUUGAUCCCGUUGCGGGUCAAAAUGAAAGUGGUGAAUUGUUACCUCAAAAUAGUAUCAACAUGUCUCAGAAUGUGGUGGUUGUUUGUGAGGAUAUGAAGCGAGCAGCUGGCGGUAGCAGUAAAAUCAAUGACAUGCAUGAAGUUGUGAAAGAGAUAAACUUUAAAAGACAGGAGGAGGAUAUUAUUUCUCUUUUAAUACCUAAUGAUUGUUCAGGGGAAAAGUGUACUUUGGGUGUUCUGGCAAGCUCAUCCUUGACUAAUGGGGGAGUUUGCCUUCCACACUGUUCUCCUCCAAAUACAUUAGUUCGCAAUGUUUCUACAUCAGACAGUAGUAAUAUUCAUCAAAAUGGAAGUUGUAGCCCCGAUGUACUCCAGAAGAAUACUUUGUCUGGUCCUAUUGAUGGAUGGAAAGAUGGGCCUGUGGCAAAUCAACGAUCAAGAUCUGUGGGAAAGUCAACUGAAGCAGGACAUGCUGCUUUGUUAUACUUUGAAGCAAUGGUUGGGACAUUGACAAGGACAAAGGAAAAUAUAGGUCGAGCCACACGCAUAGCUAUUGACUGUGCAAAGUUUGGGAUUGCAACAAAGGUGGUGGAAAGUCUUGUCCACAGUCUGGAAAAUGAGCCAAGCCUUCGUCGGAGAGUGGAUCUGUUUUUUCUUGUUGACUCUAUUGCUCAAUAUUCUCGAGGUUUGAAAGGAGAUGUUGGUGGAGUUUAUCCAUCUGCUAUGCAAGCAGUCCUGCCGCGCAUAUUGUCUGCUGUUGCCCCUCCUGGAAAUACUGCACCAGAAAAUCGUAGGCAGUGUCUUAAGGUGUUAAGGGUGUGGUUGAACAGAAGAAUACUACCAGAACAGAUUAUUCGCCAUCACAUCCGGGAAUUAAACUCAUAUAGCAGUUCAGCUUCUGCAGGUGUUUACUCACGGCGUUCAUUGAGAACUGAAAGGGCUUUAGAUGAUCCUAUUAGAGAAAUGGAGGGUAUGCUUGUUGACGAAUAUGGAAGCAACUCAAGUUUUCAGUUAUCUGGAUUUCGCAUGCCCUGUAUGAUUGAAGAUGGAGGGAGUGAUUCUGAUGGAGUUAACUUAGAGGCUGUCGCGCCUGAGUGUGUCUCUGGAACAAAAAAAGUUCAAGAAGUGGCUCAUGCAUUUGAAAAACGUAGGCAUGUGUUGGAAGAUGUUGAUGGUGAGCUUGAAAUGGAAGAUGUGGCACCUUCUUUUGAUGUUGAAUUGAAUCCAAUUUGUGAUGUUGAUGGUGGAAACGCGUCACAGCUUGAUAAGAAACUUCCUCUGUCCUUUGCUCAUCGUUUACCAGAAGACGGGGCACCAUCUUCCCCAUGUCCACGAUUAUCUGCUCCACCACCACCUCCUCCUCCUCCACCUCCUCCACCCCCACCAACACUGCGCCUCAUGUCAGCUAGCUCUGAUCAAUAUGGCACUGCAGUCGAUUCAAAAGUUUAUACAGAUUCACAGACAGUGCACGGAAAAACAUUCCAUUCUAUGGCUCAGCCCUUAGCUGCACCAAGGAAUAGGCGAUCUACUGAUGCAGUACAGUUUCAAAUCUCAGAGUGUAGAGACGUGCAGAUGCAGAUACCAGAGUCUACCUGCUCUUUCAACACUUUCCCUGUACGACCACCAGAAAAUUGCAGGAGUGCUGAUGGUUUUACUAUGCAUAACAAAGGCAUACUACGGCCACCACAACGUGUGCCGUCGGAUCAGUUUUCUUUUGUCCAUGCAGAACAUCGUCCGAAGUCUCAGAGGGAGGUUCCACCACCCCAUUCAUACUCCAAUAGACAUCACUUUGUGCAGAGCAUGAGGAGGGAGAACUUCUAUAACAAUCACGAGAGAUUAGAACCAUCUCCAUAUGAAUACCGAGAGAGAUGGAAUAGUCGUACACCCUAUUCUGGUUCCCCUUAUGGUUGUUAUCCAAGUGAAUCAACUAGAUCACCCGGUCAUGGUUGGAGAUUUCCUCCCCCUUCAAUGAAUUACAGAGACUCCAUGCGUUUUAGACCGGUCUUUGAAGAUGCAAUUCCAGCAGCAAAUCGAGAUGACUCACUUUUUGGCGUGGGCCCUGUCUAUGUUCAUGAGAGCGUCUUCUGUAGAAUGCAGAGCAGGAAGAUUCAUUGUAAAGUCAUCGGAGAGCUAUUGAAUAUGAACAAAAAACAAGGUGAGUUGCAAAAAAGUGAGUUGGAUAGGUAUUCAGAGGAUGAUGUUGAAGAUGACUCCCCUUCAUUUGACAUUCUUAAAUGGCGAAAAGGAAAAACAAAUAAGUAUCAUGUUCUUUCUCGCAUAGCUAGAGAUAUUUUGACUAUUAUAAUGUCUACUGUAUCAUCUGAGUCGGCGUUUAGUACAGGAAUUCGAAUCCUCGAUUCAUUUCGUAGUUCAUUAAAUGUCACUACUAUUGAAGUUUUGAUUUGUACCCAAAAUUGGAUCAAAUCUCCUAAGAAAAUUGAUUUAACAAUUGAGUUGGUUGAAGUACAAAAGAUUGAAUCAAGAACGGAAACAAAACCCCAACCAAAACAAAUGGGUGCUUCACAAUCCCAAUCUCAAUCACAAUCACAAUCUCAAUCGUUCCGUGAAAAAUCCAUCUAUGAAUUCUCAGUUAAGGAUACAAAGGGAAGAGAUGUGAGUCUCAGGUCCUACAAGGGAAAAGUUCUUCUUGUAGUUAACGUUGCUUCAAAAUGUGGAUUUACAGAUUCCAAUUAUACUCAGUUAACUGAGCUUUACGGUAGAUACAAGGAUAAAGGACUUGAGAUAUUGGCUUUUCCAUGUAAUCAAUUUUUGAAGCAAGAGCCUGGGAAUAGCCAGGAGGCUGAGCAAUUUGCUUGUACAAGAUAUAAGGCUGAGUAUCCGAUUUUUGGAAAGAUACAUGUGAAUGGAGCCGACACUGCACCUCUGUACAAAUUCCUAAAAGAAAAGAAAACUGGAUUUCUAGGGUCUAGAGUAAAGUGGAACUUCACCAAGUUUUUGGUUGACAGGGAAGGGAAUGUGCUCCAGCGUUACAGUCCAACCACCCCACCACUUGCCAUUGAAAAUGACAUCAAGAAGGCAUUGGAAAAUAAUUAAAAAUAAAAUGAAUGUAUAUUUGGUAGAUGAUGUUACUUCUAGUGAUUAAUUACUUAUUGGAUAUGUUAUUAUGUUUAGGUAUUAGGAUUUUGUUUGUCUCAACUGUUGUAUUAAAAAUCCUCUUUUGUCCUUGUGAUAUAAUUCGUUACUUAAAACUUGAUUACUCUGUUUUGAGCUGUUAUUUGUUUAUAGAAGAGUUGUAUUAUUUGAACACACAAA